AAUUAAAUUUUGGAAAUAAAAAUUAUAAUUGUAAAGUAGACGAAGCAAUCAUUAAACUUACAGAAAACGCGAAAAGAUUCAGAAGGCAUUGGUGGCUGCAGACAAAGAAGAAUGGGCUAAGUUUGGACAAAACAGGAAAUAUCUUCCAAGAAGAAAUCAACAAAGAUAACUUAGGCAUCGGCAGCUACAAGAGAGACAAAGUCAAAACCGUAUGGAAAUCUUUAAUUGAAAACGAAGAAGCCUUAACCAUCCUCAAAAAAUUUCAAUGA